AUGAAGAAGGAAGAAGAAGAAAGAAAAGGGAAGAAGAGGAAAGACGAAGAAGGAAGAGGAGGAGGAAGAAGAAGAAGGGGGAAGAAGGAGGGGAAGAAGAGGAAGAAGGGGAAGAAGAGGAAGAAGAGGAAGAAGAGAAGAAGGGGAAGAAGAAGGAAGAAGAAGGAAGAAGAGGAAGAAGAGGAAGAAGGGGAAGAAGAGGAAGAAGAGGAAGAAGGGGAAGAAGAGGAAGAAGGGGAAGAAGAAGGGGAAGAAGGGGAAGAACAGGAAGAAGAGGAAGAAGGGGAAGAAGAGGAAGAAGAGGAAGAAGGGGAAGAAGAGGAAGAAGGGGAAGAACAGGAAGAUGAGGAAGAAGAGGAAGAAGGGGAAGAAGGGAAAGAAGAGGAAGAAGGGGAAGAAGAGGAAGAAAUGUUGGAAGGGUUAGGGAUGAAGAAGGAAGAGAAAAGGGAAGAAGAGGAAAGAAGAAGAAGGAAGAGGAGGAGGAAGAAGAAGAAGGGGAAGAAGGGGAAGAAGAAGAAGGGGAAGAAGAGGAAGAAGGGGAAGAAGAGGAAGAAGAGGAAGAAGGGGAAGAAGGGGAAGAAGAGGAAGAAGAAGAAGAAGAAGAAGAAGGGGAAGAAGAGGAAGAAGGGGAAGAAGAGGAAGAAGUGA